AUGUUAUUAAAAAUUCAAUUGCUUCUCUUAUUCAUAUCGCAGACGAAGAGUGAGGACCACCAAAUAAUAGUGAAACUCGAUCCUGUCGAGAUAAUAAAAACGUUAGCGUCUGAGACCUCGUUGAAAUAUCUACGAAAAUUGGCGGACGUGUUCGCGAAGAAGGCGGCGCAGAAAUUCGUCGACGAAAUAAAGAGUAAGAAUUACGAGCUGGUGAACAACCAUGAGCUACUGAUAAAUAAAGAGCGAAGCAAUCAGAAGAAAGUACAAAAAGCAGUUCUAGAUGAAGAGAAAGCAUUUGAGUUAUUAGAGAAACCGUCCCCAGACGGGGACAAUUUGGACUAUGAACCGUUAGAUUUGACCAAGGAAGAAGAACCAAAACAGUCUAUACCAGUGUAUGGACUAAUGAAAGUUAAUGGGAAAUAUGUAAGGAGGCUAUUGGGACUAUUAUAA